AUGUCUCGCUUUGUUCAGUUUGCUCUUUUUGCCUUUCUCGCUCUAGCCACUUUCGUUGCUGUUGUCCGCGCAGAAGACAAGCUCUUCGAUGAUGACGGUAAGGAAAUGGUCUUCUUUGACUCUGAGGUCGGUGACAAUGAGUUCGAGGAUGACCAGCAAGAAAAGCGCUCGCUUAACAUUCGCGGCAAGUCGAGCUUCGGUAUGAACAAGCGCAACCUGAAGGACACCCAGGAGCUUUUCACUCACGGCCCUGCUGAGAAGGAGUCGGUCUGGGCAAAUGGCAUUAAGAUUACUUGGUACGCUUCUCAAGACUUGAAGAACCCUGCCUGUGGCAAUGGCAAGUGGGACCCUUCGAACUCCAACCACAUUGGUGCUGUUUUGAAGGGUUGGGACCAUGGUCCUUCUUGCGGUGAUUUCAUUCGUCUCUGCAACCCGAAGGUUUCUCGCUGCGUGCGUGUCCGUAUCGUUGACGAGUGUGCCGGUUGCAAGCAGAACCACAUUGACCUGACGAAGAGUGCCUUCAAGCGUCUGGCCACUACGGGCACCCUAGACGAGGGUGUGACAACUGGUCUUACCAUGUGGUACAGCAGCAAGCCCAACCCUUGGGAUCUGUCGCUUUUCGGUCCUUUCAAACUGCAAUAA